AAGCGCGGUUGCGUCCUUCGCGUGUUUAACGGAGGCGGGCCUUGUCCCCCUAGAAGGGCGGGACUUGCGGAGAUUGAAAGGCGGAAGAGAGGGCAGAAAAUGAAGCGAGUUUUAUUAAUAGGAAUGGACUGCCGAAGGACGGAGGCGGGAACUUCUGGGCACGUGACGGCUGCGUUGUCUAAUAAGCGGGUGAGGAAGCUCGUCGGCUGGAAGGAGACACGUUUGAAGGAGAUCGGGAGGGACGCUGAGGAGGAGGAGACGCGUUGCUGGAUCGCAGCGGGGAAGGUGACGACAAUUUCAUUUUUGUUCAUUGACAGUGAACAGGGACCCAAGUCCCAUUGCCUGCAGCUGGAACGCAUGCUAAGUGGGAGUUUUGGGAGUAGUGUUGAACUGGACCAGGGUGAAAAUCUGGCCUCAACUUGACAAUCCUAUUGCUGGGACAACAGCUCUUCUUGACCUCCAGUGGAAUAGCAAAGAGGCUCCUUUAACCUCAUCAGCCUUUUGUGGUACUUCAGGAGCCAGGAUGGAGCAUGACCACAAUCACAUGGAGCACAUGGGCCAUCAGAUGAACGGCUCGGCAGUGAGCACGCCUGAUCCUCAUGCGCACCAUCACCCAACUGCAUUGCCAGCGCACUCGCACGGUGGAGGGAUGAUGAUGGAUAUGACCUUCCACUUCAGCUAUAAGAAUGUGCCCUUGCUGUUUUCUGGACUCGUCAUUAAUACACCUGGAGAAAUGGCUGGUGCAUUUGUGGCUGUCUUCUUCCUCGCCAUGUUCUACGAGGGCCUGAAGAUUGCCCGCGAGAGCCUGCUCCGGAAGUCGCAGGUCAGCAUCCGCUACAACUCCAUGCCUGUCCCAGGACCAAACGGUACUGUCUUGAUGGAGACGCACAAAACAGUCGGGCAACAGAUGGUGAGCUUUCCUCACAUCUUCCAGACAGUGCUGCACAUCAUCCAAGUGGUGAUCAGCUACUUCCUCAUGCUCAUCUUCAUGACCUACAAUGCCUACCUCUGCAUUGCUGUGGCGGCCGGCGCGGGCAUGGGCUACUUCUUCUUCAGCUGGAAAAAGGCCGUCGUGGUGGAUAUAACAGAGCAUUGCCAUUAACACUGGCAGUGAGUCUGAGCCUCCCCCUGUAACCUCUGGAAGGGCGAGGGUCACCGCCAAGCAUACUGGAAGCCAGGCCAAAAAAAUCCAUGGGGUGCUUUCUUUCUAAUUUUCAAGGGAUGUGACCCUGCCCCCCACCCCCCGCAGUGCCUCUCGUUUCCCACUCCUUCCUUAGGAAGCGGCUUCUUGCUGGUGGGAAAGGAGCCAUUGUCUUGAGGUGUGGCUUACUGUGGGUAGUUGGCUUAUUAUGUAAUAGAUACAAUUAGUGUUUUUGAUUUUGAUUUUUUUUUUAGAACCUACUACGAUUGAAUCAGCUAGCAGGCUAACGUAGACAAUAAUUAGCUCUACGUUAUUUUAUAAUAACCUCAAGCAACGUACGCUUGGAUUGCUUGAGAGGGAGCUUUUGGGGAGGUCUUAAUCUGCUAUUGAUGGGAGUCAUAAAGUUGCUGCCCUCUUAGCACAAUGACCUCUCUGGGGUUACACAGCAGAGGUCUGUGCCAUCCAGCGCAGGGGGCUUCUGGUCAUUUGUUUGUGCUAGGGCAAAGGUUGGUUUUGUGUCCCUCCCGCAGCAGUGAUACCUGGGGUUUUGGCUCUAGCCAGUCAAGCGGUACCAUCAGGCUGCUUCUGAUGUAGCACAGCUCUAAUGCCUGCUUUUCUCAAACGCCCUUGGGGUCCUACACAUUACCUAUGGGUUGUUCUGGGGUCAGUGUGAUUUGCUGGCUGGCUGUGACUUGCAGCUUCUGAAAUGAAUAAACAUAUACAAUCUUUUUUUAAAAAAAAGAAGAAGAAGUCCUAUUUUAAAUAAAUGGAUGGAAACAAGCCCUGAUUUCGUUCUGGUUUGUAGGCAGGAAAAGAGCAUUUUUGUUUGUAAUACAAGGGAGUCUGUUAUUUACAUCCACUACUAGAACUACCUCAUGUAAAACUGGGGUUAAACAGCCUUAUGCCGUAUGUGCAGUUACAAUUGGCAGGUGUCCCUUUAUUUUGGUACAUUUUUGUAGUGGUUUUCUGUGUGUUCAAUCUGUAUGGAUAGAAAGCAGCGCAGGAAUCAUAUGCAAAUAAGACCUCCAACUUUCGAAGUAGAUCCAUUUUACUGGCUUUAGAAGUAGAUCCAUUUUAUGCCAUUUUGCUGGCGUUUUACUCCAGCUUUAGAAGUAGAUCUAUUUUACUGACAGAAAGUCUGCAGGAGACUGUUUCCUUCAUGGCCCCAUAGUUAUGAGGAACAUCAUGAGAGAUGUAGUUCCCUUCUGUUAUGAGGUUCUUUUCCAUUGUCAAAACCCAGAAUAUGGACCCUGAUGAACUACCCUAGAUGACUUGUAGACCCAGCUAUUUCCAGCAUUUUUUCAGAUGUAACCUUGGAAAACACUCUGUCUUUGUGUAUUUCUUGUCAGGCAUCUUAGAUUUCCUGCAGAGUGAUAAUAUUCAUCCCUUAAACAUUUCAUCUACAUUGAGGCAAGCAUUUUUCCUCUAAGGCCCCUUCCGCACAUGCUGAAUAAUGCACUUUCAAUCCAAUUUCAAUGCACUUUGAAGCUGUGCAGAAUAGCAAAGUCCACUUGCAAACAGUUGUGAAAGUGGAUUGAAAGUGCAUUAUUCUGCAUGUGCAGAAGGGGCCUAAGUCAUUCUACCCACCCUCAGGUUCCUCAGAAAUUAUGGUAAGCAGUAGAGCUGACUCGGUAACUACAAAUUUUAAUUCCUUGCUUCUAAGUUUCUGUUACGGUGCUGUGUAGUUGUAUGAUAUUGUCAAAGUCUGGUCUAGCUCUUCUGAAGUUUAAAUAAUCAGAUCUUUUUGUAUCUGAGUUCCAAGUGAGAUCUCAAGUGACCCUCAGUACACAGAUUCUCUUCAAGAAGGCUGCAGGGUUCUGCUGAUUCUACUCAGGCUAAAUCACCCUGCAUUGCAAGGUACAAAAAUACAGAAGCACAAACUUCCCAUCCUUCCAAUUUGAUUACAGAGACUAGGCUUGUAGCAAGGAGAAAAGAGGGCGCUGAAAGUUGCCUUUUGGAUUUGACAGUGUUCUAUGCCUUUGGUCACUUCAUAUUUCUUCUAGAAAUGGUAAAAAGAGCUGACUUGGAGCCAAGUCUACAAAUCCAGCUACUGCAGAGAUUGUGGCACCAAUUUAAUGUUUCUUUGCUGGGUGUUUGCAAGGUGCUGUUUUAAUCUCUGGUGGCUUAGCUGAAAGCAUUUUGAAUGGGACCUGGUAGAUUCCCAUUGGCUUGAUUCCGCUUUGAGUCAGUUAAGCUUUAAUCUGUAGCAAAAAUGUAAGCAAGGAAACAUUUGGGAGCGGGACAGUUCCUUCUCAGUUUUUUGAGGGAGCAUGGGAGAGAAUGAUUACUUGCCUCAGCUGUUAAACAGCAUAGAAAUGAAGUGGCAGCACACAGAAGUCAAACUGGGCUUGGACUGGCCCUUGUUUGUCCUGCCUUACAAGAUGGUCAACCAACAAUGAUUCAGAUGUUUACAGGCAAGAUCAGGCCUGUUUAAGGUGAAUUAGUUGUGUGUGUGCAUGCAAAAUUCCCAGGGGCAACCACAUCAGCUAUGUAGAUUUCUUAGAGAGCAGAGCCAGUGUUUGCACUUUUGGUUGGGUGUCCUCUGAGCAGCUGGGUUGAUUUCCCCUGCCUUCUAGGAAGGACUAGCAAGAGCCUUCCGAUCAUUGCUGGCUGCUUGGGGCAAAGACACAGGUGUGAUGACAUUUGUAGAAGACUAAAGGUGUUUCUACAAAGAUGUCCUCUGAGCUAUGGCUCAUGGAUGUUUGUGCAAUACAUGCAGCAAUACAUUCCUUAGCCUAAAGCAGGGGUCUGCAACCCACGACUCUCCAGAUGUUCAUGGAUUACAAUUCCUAUGGGAUGAUGGGAAUUGUAGUCCAUGAACAUCUGGAGAGCUGCAGGUUGCAGACUCCUGGUCUAAAGAUUUCAAAAGAGUCUCAUAUAUUUAGUCUCAUAAAAGAGUCUCAUAUAUUUAGUAUUCUGACAUUUGUUCUGUAUGGAAAACAACAUUAAUUUGUAUUGACAUAAAAAACCUUCAACUCGGUCUGGGUACAGGAAAAUAAUGUGCUUUCUCAGCAGUGUUUUGAACCAAAUGCUCAUUAUCAGGUUAGGACCAAAACAAAGCACUGUAAACAUCCCUUUCCUCUCUGAGGAAGGAAUCUCAGCUUGAAGUGCAGUGUGACUAUGGUGGUGAGUCUGCUAAACCAAAUCGAAUUGUUUGGUGCAUCUCAGUUUGAUCUUUCCACCUACUUCAGCCCCUCAGCUAAACAAGUUUGAGCAGUGACCUCUGCUUAUACGGCUUCUUCCUCCCGCCUCACAGAGACAAAAGAGUAGAAUGGAGAGGACUGUUGGCUUGAUCACAGCAGCUUACAAAUUGGUCUUGUACAAAGCCUCUCAUGUAAAUUGAGUGUGCAUUGUUUGCAUGCUGCCUGGAAGCAAAACUUUUGUAAAUAGGAAGAUGGCUUUCAGGCCCCGAGUGUGGUACAAAUGAGUUACAGUCGUAAAUAUGAGCAGAUCACCGUAGAAGUUACACUACCCUAUUACAAUCAAGCUCCAGAUUACCUGGAAUCGCACAAGAAUUUUAUCUAUAAUGUGUCAUGAGUUAAAUCAACCGUACCUCUGCCACUCUAUGGUAUGAGGCACUGUUUGAAACACUACAGCCGCCUGUAAUGGUGGAUGCCCUGGCCUACGCAAGUUCAUCAGUUGUCAUCCCACGGCAAAUGGUUACCUGAUACCUGACACAAAUGAACAAAACUAUUCAAGGGAGAGUCUAAGUUUUCAAGUUCUCUAGUUGCUGUCUUCUAUACAUCUGUAUACAAAGGGCACAUAUCUUUGGAUUCACUGGGUACUUAGAAAAAUCUGUCUUUUCCCACUAUUUAUCAAAGUGUGUCUUGUAUAUGAUGCUGGACGCAACGUAAUGCUGUGUUUAUCUAGGCUAGCCCAUCCUGGAUCAUAAAGAAUUGGCUUGCUGUUGUAGGCAAACGUGUCAAAGGUGCCUUUUCAAACAUAGGCCAGGGUUGGUGCAUAUUAUCAAAUCCGUGGUCUUGAGACUGCCAAUCUUAUCUUACUGUAUAAAUGCUUGAAUCAGUCUGUAUGUCAUUAAUAAAGCAGAGUAUCUUUUA